AUGUUGUUGAAGGUCACCAUCGGCGAUAGGACCUACCCACUUACCAUGACCACAGAUCUAGCUCGAUUUUUUGAUAUCAGAUUCACGCGGUCACAAUCUCUUGAACUGUAUGGCAUUUUAUUACUUUGCUCCGAUACAAAUUAUCCUCGUUUCAGAGAUCAUCGCAAUAUUACCUUCACGUUUUCGGGCAGAACUAGAUCUCAAGUAGGUAUGACAGUCGUAUCAGUUCGGCUGUAUGGUAUAUCGAAAAGAGAGUUUGGAAUUCCUCGCUCACAUCUUGUUGCACGCGUGCCUCUUUCUCUUCCAAAUAAGUUCCUUCUUAAUGUGGCUCGCAUGUUGACUACUUUGACAACAAGGAAUCUGCUUAUUAAGAAUUCCAGUAGGCCGAAAUCGGCUGAUAUCUCUAAUUCAGAUGAUUUAUGUCUCUUUUCUCGCGGAAAAGUGCCUAUCCCCAACGAUUUGAUGGCAGAUUUUGCUCUUAAUCUCAAGUAUAUGAUGUGUACCCGAUGGAAACAAUUCUGGGCUAUUGUUCAGCGAAAAUUUGGAAGCUCCGUGGCUCUCAUGUCAUUUCUUCGACGUGAAGUUGCUAUGGCUGCCACAUGUAGCGCUGUUAGUGUAUCAGAUCCUCUUCCUGCUCUUGAAUUGUACACAGUUCUACUUUUCAUUCUUCUUUCUUUGGAUGAUCCUCAUUCAAAAAUGCUCACAGAGGAAUAUCUCAGUCUGUACACUGAUCCCAAGACGUCGCAUAUAGCACAUCGUGUUCGCCUUGUUGGACAGACGCUUAUUUAUUCAUUUGCUCUCACGACAAGAAAUGACAGGACACAAGCACGGUCUUUAAAUCCGUCAUUCAAAGUCAUGCGCUGGGGCGGACUACGACCGUUUUUCAAUCGCUCCAAGAUUCUCGGUCCCGAUGAUGAUCCGGUGGAAGUGGAAUAUUUGAUGGGGCCUCUUUGCUCAGUAGAUAUUCUCACACAGAGGAACAGUGACAUGUUCGAUUUGGAAAGCGAAUGGCUUCUCAAUCUUUUGCAAGCUGUCCUAACGAAAAUACGAGACGAAGGAUCAAUUGGUUCCUCACCUGUAGAAGGAGUUCCUGUAGGGCAAUUUUUACUCUUCCGUCUCAUUUUUGUGCUUCUUUCCAAAUGUGGAGAACAUCUUGAGAAUAGGAAGAAGAGCGAAAAGAAGUCUGAAGGAAAGAGAGUAGGUUCAAGUGCUUGUAUAUUACCAGAUGAGGAUUCUGGAUCACCUCCAGCAUCCGUUCGUUCUGGAGCACCUGAAUUCGCUCCGGUGGUAUCUACCGACGCCUCUAGAGAAGCUACACCAAAUAGCAGUUCGGAGGAGCGAGCAAUUACGAAGCGACGUAGCACCGAAAAACUGCUUGGGCAGAUAGUGGCUCAACUCUGUAAUGUCGGUGCACUUGAAUUUUGUCGAAAUCUUCUCGAAAGUGUUACCAGUUAUUGGCGAACAGCAAAAAACCAUCGCUCUGCACCGAGAGCAUGGUCGCGCGACUUCGGUGUGGCAUCCAGUGAUUCGUCAGUCAACUGUAUUUGCAAUGGCAGGUCGGGUGUUAUGGAUGCUCGUGAACAUUACUAUACUAUGAUCACUGAUGUAGCUCUUCGUUUACCCUGUCAGAUGAGACGAAUUUUGAGUGAUGUGAAGUUUGAUGAUAGAUGGCAGAAAAUACUUUGCGAGCUCGUUUCUUAUCAACACGCACCUCAAUUACGUAGGCAAAGCAAAAAAGUUCUUUUGGCAAUGUUCAAUGGAGACAAGCAGAAGUAUCGUGAAGUACGUGACCAGCAUUUGAUGCGAGCCCAUAUCGAACUCUUGAAGAAGAAAUAUUCUCAGCACAGUAACUUCACUCAUCAGCAACUUAGCGAAAUGGUAGAGAUUGUGACAGCAGUUGGUGUUAUUGCAAACCAAAGAACGAUACUUUGGAGGAGUAUUUGUGAAGAAGAGCUUAAUUGGCUCCUCCAAUUGGCUUGUCGCGUAGGCGAUGCAGUUUCCUGUUGCGUAAUCGACUUGCUUGUAUCGGCCAUUCGCGAAACACCUGAAAUGAAACUCGACAGUCUCAAAUUGGUCGAUAAGUGUGUCCAACAUCUUUGCUUUUCUUUAUAUUUUAUAAUGUUCAUGCGCGUUUUAUUUUCUUUCUUUGAAGCUUUCCACAACCCUGCUUUCUUUCUCUUGAGGAUAAUCGCAGAAGAAGAAAAUCGAUGUCUGCUUAUGAUGCUAUUGGUGCGGUAUUUGAUAGGAAAUGAUGAAAAUAAACGAUGGCUGAUGCAUGGCCUGCUUAGAUCAACAAUCCAGCUGGCUAGUCGUCCAUACCAAAUGAUGUUGCUACGUAUUUUGUGGACAAACUUAUGGCCCAUUGCUCGAGGUUUGGGUGACCAUGCUGCGCAGUUAGCAGACAUUCUGUCUACCUAUGCUUCUCGUCUGUUUAGCUCUGCAGAAAUGCAGUCAGUUUGCGAAUCAGAGCUUGAAGCAAUUACAUUCACCAUUAGCAGGUACAAAGACCACUCACUGGUUUGUUUCGGAAUUGAGAAGGAGGGUCACGCUGGAUGGUAUCGACAGAUGACUGGACUUGGAUUAGGGUGGAAAACAAUGUUAAUGGAUACAAGCCCGUGCUUAGUGUGUUUCUCCAGAAAGGACUCUGCAGAGACCAUAAAAUUAAAUUCGAUUAAACAAGAAGCUCGAUUUUCGGCUAACGCCAUGAUGCUAAAGUUGACGUGUCAUUAUGAGAUCAGUAAGGUCAUUAUCAAGCUCACCGAUAUCAAGCGCAGUAAGAUGAUAAAGCGUGUAAAUCUUUUCUACUGUUCUAAAACUGUAGAAUCUGCUGUUGAAUUAAAGACCUGUCCUGAAUUGUGGCAACGAGCGUCGACAUGCAGUGUAACAGCGAAUGAUACCGAAGUUGUACUUCAUCUGGCAAUACCUGUUGUUACUGCUUCGCUGGUGAUCCAGUUUUCUGAACUCACUGAAAGUCGACAAAAUCAAGAACUGCAUUGCCCAAGAUGCUCAUCGGUUGUGCAGCCUAAUCCAGGACUGUGCGAGCAUUGUGGUGAAAAUGUCUUUCAGUGUGUGAAAUGUCGUGCUAUUAAUUAUGAUGAAAAGGAUCCAUUUCUAUGUCAGUCGUGUGGUUUCUGCAAAUAUGCGCGCAUGGACAUUUCAUUGGUUUGUCGGCGUCUACCAGGCGUCCAACCUAUCACCACUGAUGUCGAGCGUGCAGCUUGUGUGGACUCAAUGGUGCAAUUACUAAGCGCGAUAGAGCAGACCCGAUCGCAGCUUGCGGCUGGAAGGGCACUCUGCGAGUUACUUUGGAUGCAGUAUCGUCCACUGCCCCCGAUAAGCUAUCACGUCGAAAGCCCGGAAGCCGCAAAUAUUCUUAUUGCCGGCCUACCACCAAUUAGUCAUCAACAGACGCAGCAGCUUAUCGCAUUCCGUGAAGAACUUCGUGGGUAUGAUCAAAGCAUCAAAACACCUCCACUGCUUCAUCAGGCGAUAAAUCAGGGCUUUUAUAAUGCAAGUUCGAACUGCUUCGGUUGCUUACGGGCUAGUAUUUUGCACUCACUGGCUAUUCUUCAAAGUUCUUGCGAUGACGAAUGUUGUUUAGAGCGCCUGCUGAACUCCGACGUAGUAUUUGUAGAUUUGGUGGAAAUUAGUAAAAAGUACGAGCCCAUUCGAGAAGAGAUCGAGAUGUUAUUAUGCCGAUUGUCAAUGGAAAAUGAAAAGGGCACGGAAAAGUAUUCUUUUUGUUUAGUGUUCUACAUAUAUUUAAAGGAAUUUUACUUGUUAUAUUAUAGGCUUUUGGAGAUGGUUUUAUCAGGAAAGCUUAGUGGGACUGUUCUUGCGCGAUCUAUUAACAUGUUCCCAGAUUCUUUGUGGGAGCAGAAAUUCCGCGGGCUUUUGACGGUAGAACAUCUUUUUUCUUGUUAUGAUGACUGCUUGUGUGCGAUGUAUUUUCACAUUAGUGCUAUAAAAUUCAAUGACCAUGAUACUACGUUGGCCGCAUUGACAAUAAUCGAGAAGUGUUUGGUAGAUGCUAAGCCCGUAAGAAAGAGGAUUUAUGGUAAACUACAGCAAAGGCAACGUGGCACUACAAAUGAUGGAUCACAGAGUCAACAUCGACGUGUGCGCGUAGAAAAUCGUAACCUUCGCGAUUGUCCGUUAUUUGGUGAUUGGUUGUCUGCAAAGUUGAACUGGAAUUCUAUUUAUGAAACAUCUCGCAGUAAAAAAGCAAAUGUUCAUAAGGAAAACUCGCCUGAAGCAGUAAAGGAACACGACGCAUGGCUAUGGCGAUGCUUCUUUUCUCCAUGGAUAACUGUACGAGCAGCUGCUGCGAGAAUUAUCGUUGCCAUUGGUGCUCAACCGGAAUGUAAACGCAUUCAUGAUGAAGAAAAACAAGAGACCAGUAUGGAUCACUCGUUUGGAAUACUUUUGCGCAGUUAUGUAGAACUGUUGUGUCUCUUACUAACUGGAAGUGGUGUUGAAGCACUCGAACUGAAAGCAGCUAGGGACCAUAUCCUUGUACCAUUGUUCCAAUCCACGAUUUUCUUGAAAAGGGUUCUACUUCGAAAAACCCGAGCUAUUGAAGCGUCCCGUUCAUCACUGGAACGUCUUCUUCGCCGUAUUUCUGCCAAAGAUCCACUAAUGCUGAUGCGAGCUGCUGUGCAAUCGCUGGAUACUGUAGAUGACUUGAAUACUCAGGCACAUAUCGUAUCAGUCAUACUGGAUAUUCUUAAUCCUGAACAGAAGGAGGAAGAGGAUUUUCACAUUCAGAUCGAAAAGGAUCCUGCGCAAGAGGAUUUCCUACAAGGAAGGAUGACAGGAAACCCUUACAAAUCCACGGAUGUUGGCCUCGGUCCCUUGAUGCGAGAUAUCAAAAAUAAGAUUUGUCGUGACACCGAAAUGAUAGCACUUAUGGAAGACGAUAAUGGAAUGGAACUGCUGGUAAACAAUCAGAUAAUUUCUCUUGCCCUUCCUGUACGUGCUGUUUACGAUAAAUUGUGGAAGAGGACCAAUCCUGGCCAACCUAUGACCAUCAUCUAUCGGAUGCGAGGUUUGCUCGGAGAUGCAGUGGAGACAUUCGUAUCUUCUCUCGGUGAAACUGAUGGAGUGGAAGCUGAACAGCACGAAUCACUUUCUCCACUUACUGGUGCACUUACCCAAUGUGGUGGCCUCAGUCGGGCUCUACGAAAGCUCGAUGUGAUCGACACUGGAACCGCUGGCAGGUUCCUUCUUUGUCAAUUACGGAAAUUGUUUGAACUAUGUGUGAAAACGGAGCAGGGACGGAGAGAUCUAGUGUCUUCCGACGCGAUUAACUCAUUUAUGAAGGUGCUUCAUGCUUGCGUGUCUCUACGCUCCACCGAUGAAGGUGUUGUUCAAAUAGGACUAGAAUAUCUUCAAAUGAUUUCUGCUAUUGUUGGUGAUCCAGCUGUGCUCACCGGUAUCUCCAAAGAGGAUGCUGAGUGGCUUCUUUCUUUUGUUAUGGCGACUCCUGAAUCUGGCUCAGAGAGUAUCAAUAAGUUUUGCUCCCAAGUUUCUCGUGUGAUCGGUAACCUCGUGCUUGGAAAUGAGGAAGCUGAAAAGGCGCUAAUCUCGAUGUAUUUAAAAACAUGCCAGUGGAAGGAAAUUGACGAAACAAAUGAUGUUUCAUUACGAAACGAACGAGUUACUGCAGUAGAACGGUUGUGCGAAGUGACUGCAAGCAUUCUCAACUCUGCUGAAGGUGCAAAGCUGAAACAGUUGAUAUUGGAUAGCGGAGUAGUCUUUAAGGCAUGCUCACAUCUCGUUUCUAACCAUCCACCUCUUUAUUCUGCCACCGAAUCACAAGAAUGGAAAGGAUUCCUUCUUCGACCGUCGCUUAAACUGAUGUUAUCGUUUAUGCACGGAAUGGCUCGCUCGCAUGAAGCUAGUCAACGAGCUUUAGCAGAGAAAACACUGCAUAUACUUCAUCGCCUCGAACAGGUUGCUUCGGACAAUUCAAUAGGAACAAUGGCUGAAAAUGUUGUAGAAGCACUAAGAGAAAAUAAAGAGGUAGCCGCGCAAAUCGAAAAUGUUCGCCAAGAGACUCGACAAAAGAAACGUCAAAUGGCUAUGGCCAUGCGCAAUAAGCAGUUACGGGAAAUGGGUAUGCAGGUGGGGAAGUCCGGUGAAGUGAAGGUAGCUCACAGGCGAAUAGCCAACGAACCACCUUUGGAAGGAGUGGUGGACCCACUUGCUUCUUGUUGCAUUUGUCGUGAACCGUUAUUCCAAGGAACACGAGUAUCUGCUGCGUAUUCAUUUGCAUCGCCGUUGCCGAGUGAGUCUCGAAUUCCUCAAUUAGCUACUGUAAGUCAAAUGGUAAUGGUGCAUAUUGAUUGUCAUCAGAAUGCAAUCAGAAGGACUGGUGGUGCGCGUAAUACGGAUGAAUGGUCAAAAGCAUUACUUCAUAAUGCUGGUGCAAAAUGUAACGCACUUACACCAAUAGCAAGUGGAUUGGCAAGUGAAGCUGACUGGACUACUGCUUUGAACCGGUACUAUGAAAUGUCGUCAGUGAAAUAUUUGUGUGGUAAUCGAUUAGAGGGAGCUAGAAAGGAUAUGGUAGAUGAGGCAGGGUUUGGAAUUCAGUUUGCUCAAAUUAGUAUCCGUAUUGCAUCACUUGGUCAGACUUUCUACAACAGAGUUGACACCUCUCGAGUUUUCACUGAUUGUGGUACACAUUGCCGCUCCUUCGCUCAUUCCAUUAAGAAAAAGUAUCAAGUUGAUCUCGAAAUGGUCGCUGCCGUACUACCGCUAUGUAGAUCGGUCGUCUUCGUCGAUAUUUGUGAACUCAUUGAUAAAUUUAUAUACUUCAGAUCGUUUUCCGAAGCAUCUCAUGGUGGUGGGCGGGAGUCUAACGCACAGUAUCUGGCCAUCCUGCAUCUUCUGGCGCUUUCUCUUCCGCCUGACGACCUGCCGACUCCUAAUGCUCGUCAUCGUGUUGUUUCCUUCCUGAUAACCGAGCUGACACUCCAAAACUGGCUUGAACAGCGAAUUGACGUGCUACGAGCAGCUGUUGCCGAUUUUACUACAGAGAGUCAUGAUACAACAUGGGAAUCCCUUCGACCAAUGUGUUUGACCUGGGCAUUCGUCGACCGAUAUUUUCGUGACGUGAUACCCAUUGAUUCUGAUGAGCGUCUUGAAUGGCUUCAAACACAUAUAUUGGAAACCUUACAUAAAACGUCAACAUUUGUGAAGAAAUUCGAUGAUGAAAUCGCAACACUGAACUCUCUGGAAGGGUUUGCCGAAGCGAUGGGUAAGUUUUAA